GAAACGUGACUGACAUUCAAGCUGCCCAAUCAAUAGCUGCCACUGGAGAGUGGGGCAGGACAGUAAAAGCCAGGGUUGAAGGAAGGACGUGGGCGCGGGGCACUGAAGUGAUUGGUUGAAGGCACUUCCGGUGAGCCUCUGGACGCGACGAGGGCUCCUCUGGCGCCAAAAUGUCGCUCGUGGCGGGGGUUAUCCGGCGGCUGGACGAGACAGUGGUGAACCGUAUCGCGGCGGGGGAAGUUAUCCAGCGGCCCGCCAAUGCCAUCAAAGAGAUGAUUGAGAACUGUUUAGAUGCAAAAUCCACAAGUAUUCAAGUGGUUGUUAAAGAAGGAGGCCUGAAAUUGAUUCAGAUCCAAGAUAAUGGCACUGGGAUCAGAAAAGAAGAUCUGGAUAUUGUGUGUGAGAGGUUCACUACAAGUAAACUGCAGUCCUUUGAGGAUUUAUCCAGUAUUUCUACCUAUGGCUUUCGGGGUGAGGCUUUGGCUAGCAUAAGCCACGUGGCUCACGUUACUAUUACAACCAAAACAGCUGAUGGAAAGUGCGCGUACAGAGCAAGUUACUCGGAUGGAAAACUAAAAGCUCCUCCUAAACCGUGUGCAGGCAAUCAGGGGACCCAGAUCACGGUGGAGGACCUUUUUUACAACAUAUCCACAAGGAGGAAAGCUUUGAAACAUCCAAGUGAAGAGUAUGGGAAAAUUUUGGAAGUUGUUGGCAGGUAUUCAAUACACAAUUCAGGCAUUAGUUUCUCGGUUAAAAAACAAGGUGAGACGGUAGCUGACAUUAGAACACUACCCAGUGCUACAACCGUGGACAAUAUUCGUUCCAUCUUUGGAAAUGCUGUUAGUCGAGAACUGAUAGAAGUUGGGUGUGAGGAUAAAACUCUAGCCUUCAAAAUGAAUGGCUACAUAUCCAAUGCAAACUACUCAGUGAAGAAGUGCAUCUUCUUACUCUUCAUCAACCAUCGUCUGGUAGAAUCAACUUCCUUGAGAAAAGCCAUAGAAACGGUGUAUGCAGCUUAUUUGCCCAAAAACACACAUCCAUUCCUGUACCUCAGUUUAGAAAUCAGCCCCCAGAAUGUGGACGUCAAUGUGCACCCCACAAAGCAUGAAGUUCACUUCCUGCACGAGGAGAGCAUCCUAGAACGGGUGCAGCAGCACAUUGAGAGCAAGCUCCUGGGCUCCAACUCCUCCAGGAUGUACUUCACCCAGACUUUGCUACCAGGACUUGGUGGCCCCUCAGGGGAGGUGGUUAAAUCCACAACAAGUCUAACCUCAUCUACUUCUGGAAAUGGUGACAAAGUCUAUGCCCACCAGAUGGUUCGUACUGAUUCCCGGGAACAGAAGCUCGAUGUAUUUCUGCAGCCUCUAAGCAAGCCCCUGUCCAGCCAGCCCCAGACCAUCGUCCCGGAAGAUAACACAGAUGUUUCUAGUGGCAGGGCCAGGCCGCAAGAUGAGGAGAUGCUUGAACUCCCAGUCCCUGUUGAAGUGGCUGCCAAGAAUCAGAGCUUGGAGGGGGAUGCAGCAAAGGGGACUUCAGAAGCAUCAGAGAAGAAAGGACCCACUUCCAGCCCAGGGAACCCCAGAAAGAGACUUCGGGAAGACUCUGACGUGGAAAUGGUGGAAGAUGAUUCCCGAAAGGAUAUGACCGCAGCUUGUACCCCCCGGAGAAGGAUCAUUAACCUCACCAGUGUUUUGAGUCUCCAGGAAGAAAUUAAUGAGCGAGGACAUGAGAUUCUACGGGAGAUGUUACAUAACCACUCCUUUGUGGGCUGUGUGAAUCCUCAGUGGGCCUUGGCACAGCAUCAGACGAAGUUAUACCUUCUUAACACCACCAAACUGAGUGAAGAACUGUUCUACCAGAUACUCAUUUAUGAUUUUGCCAAUUUUGGUGUUCUGAGGUUAUCGGAACCAGCACCACUCUUUGACCUCGCCAUGCUGGCCUUAGAUAGUCCAGAGAGCGGCUGGACAGAGGAAGAUGGUCCCAAAGAAGGACUUGCUGAGUACAUUGUUGAGUUUCUGAAGAAGAAGGCUGAGAUGCUUGCAGACUACUUCUCUUUGGAAAUUGAUGAGGAAGGGAACCUGACUGGAUUACCCCUGCUGAUUGACAGCUAUGUGCCCCCUUUGGAAGGACUGCCUAUCUUCAUUCUUCGACUAGCCACCGAGGUGAACUGGGAUGAAGAAAAGGAAUGUUUUGAAAGCCUCAGUAAAGAAUGUGCCAUGUUUUACUCUGUCCGAAAGCAGUACAUAUCUGAGGAGUCGACCCUCUCAGGCCAGCAGAGUGACGUGCCUGGCUCCACUCCACACCCUUGGAAGUGGACUGUAGAACACAUUGUCUAUAAAGCCUUCCGCUCACACCUUCUGCCUCCUAAACAUUUCACAGAAGAUGGAAAUGUCCUGCAGCUUGCUAAUCUGCCCGACCUAUACAAAGUCUUUGAGAGGUGUUAAAUAUGGUCAUUUAUGGACUCUGGGAAAGGAUAUACAGAAGUUGGAGAGAUAGACCUGAUCUGGAACAAAAAUAAAAACUGUCUUUUUACUCACUGUCUAACUGAACAAAACACACAGGUAAAUGGAAGUCACUGUGCAGGGUCAAAAACCAACACAAACGGGUAAGUGACUCCACUGCUCUUUCUUUAAGAUCUGACCCAGUAUUAAAUUUCUUAUACAGCAAAGAAUUUAUUUCCAAAGGAUUUUUACAAACAUAGUUUUAAGAAGCAUAGUAAAACAAGUACCUCCCGUUGUAGUUUCCUUUUUUCUGCUUUUAGUUCAUCUUCCACUUUCUCAGCAUUCUCAGCAGCAGUUUUGUAUCUCAGCACCUGUCCCUCGAGCCGGCUAAUCUGUCAGUAUAAGAACACAGGCCUCCAGUGUUGGGCACUAGAAAUCACCACUUUUUGGUAGCCAAGAUGGAAAUACAAUGUAAUAAUAAAUUCCAAGUAAUCUAACACUAAUGAGUCCCUCAGGGUGACUCACAGGUCCUCUCAGAACCCAACCGCUAUUUAUAAAUCAAGAAGUGUCCCCAGAGAGGAUUACAGCUGUAGAGUCACUAUAGGGCCAAUUUCCCAUGUUAAGUUUUAUGAUGACCAUAUUGUUUAAGUGCCAAAGUAAUAUCAUAGGAGGAGACUCACUGAAUGGAAAUGUUUUUAGACUUUUUGAACUACAUACUAAGGGAUUUUGUUAUAAACUAUGAUCUUGAAAUAUCUAUAAAAAACGAUAGCUACAGUUUCCUGUGUUUUUAGAGAAAACAGAAGACUGAAGUGCCCUGCCAGGUGCUCUCUGCUGGCUUUUCUAUUUAAAUAUAGAGCUUUUAUAGAUCUAACUGCAAAGGCAGCCCACAGAAACCCAAGCACUCACAGGGUUAGCCACUUAGAUGCAGGAAGGAGAUAUGUUUUAAAGGAAAUUUAAAUCGCCUGGUACCGUAUAAAAGAAGUACUUACACUUUGCUCCAAGGUGGUUAUAUCCUGUUCUGCUUUUGAAAGCUUAAAUUUGUAUUCACUAAUUUGUCUAUUGGCAUCUCCUAGAACAGAAGAUAAUAAUGGAUUAUGUUCAUCUCUCAGAGAUGGAGGUGUAACCCAUCAGGCAGUGCCUCUGCGGCACAGAGAGGACCAUGCGGUCUAAGACUACAGAAUGCAAGUGCACACAGCAUCUGCAGCGGCCCAGGUUCUGGACUGUAUGUACUACAGGAAGCUCUAGCAGCACUUAGGUUCCAACAGUAUCCCGUAGAACAAGAGUUAGAAGGAAACUCACUCUUCACCCCGUGAUGUGUGUGAGCACAGCUUUGAUAAAGGAGCCCAACCAAUGCAGCAGCAGCCCCAGCUACUUUUGUGCAGCCCUGUGACCCAUGGAGCCUCUGCCCGUGGGACUGGGCCUUCUAGUUCCCUGAACCCAGCUCUGCACCUUCCCACCUCCUAGGUUUUCCUUCUCUCUCGUAUCCCAAGGACCCUUUCCUCCCACCUCUGAUUUAAAUUUCAACCAACCUUCUAGGCCAAGCUGAAUUUUUACCUCCUCCAUGGGUUCCCUUAGUUAAUUAUAACUUCUUCCCUUGGUGUCCAUUUUAUUUACAUUGUCUUUUAGUAACAUUUAUCAGGCUUUUUAAAUGCUGUAUGUGUAUGUAAGGAGAGGGGCCUGUCUUAACCUUCUUAAAUCUUCCUCUGUACCUAGUCAAGUGCUUUGCACAUAGUAUAUGCUCAAUAAAUAU